GCUGUACCUGAACGUGAUGCUGGAGAACUUUGAACUUAUAUCCUCGCUGGGUUGCUGCUGUGGAGCAGAAAUUAUGGAGGCAACGACUGAACAGCAGGUUUCUGUAAGAUUGUCACAGGCAAGGAAUCCCAAGUUAGCCUUGUCAUCCCGGAAGAGCCACCCCUGUGAGGGUUGUCGACUAGUCUUGGGAAACAUUUUCCACGUGAUGGAGCUGCAGGGAACACAACACAGACAGAUACUAUUGAGGUGUGGGUCAUGUGAUAAACGAUUUUAUUUCUGUGCAAAAUUUCAGCAGCAGCAUGAUACAGAGAAGACUUACAUUAGAGGUGUGGAGAGGAUCUCACUUGCAAACAGCUGCAAUUUCAAUGUGUCCCAGAAUCAUUUCACCUGCGGGGAGGUUGGGCAGGGUGUUCUUACCGGGUCAGGACAUCUCCACCUAAAGGCUAUUCAGACCAGGGACAGUCCAACUGCAAUUUCCAUGUGUGGGAUGACGUUUCAAAGGAGAAAAAAAUAUUACAGUAGAAAAGAAUGUAAGAGAGACAUUAGUUGCACCCACACGUUUAUUCAGGAAAAAGGUGUCCAUCUUGGAAGUGGGUGUUGUGUGUGCUCUGAAUAUGGAAUUUAUUUCACCAAAUUUUCUAGCUUUCAUUAUCAACAGAGAGGUCACACUGGAGAAAAGCCUUAUAAAUGCAGUGAAUGUGGGAAAUCUUUUACACGGAGCAAUGCCCUUCGUUAUCAUCAGAGAGUUCAUACCGGAGAAAAGCCUUAUAAAUGCAGUGAAUGUGAGAAAUCUUUUGCAUGGAGAAAUGCCCUUCGUUAUCAUCAGAGAGUUCAUACCGGAGAAAAGCCUUAUAAAUGCAGUGAAUGUGGAAAAUCUUUUGCAUGGAGUGAUGCCCUUCGUUAUCAUCAGAGAGUUCAUACAGGAGAAAAGCCUUAUAAAUGCAGUGAAUGUGGGAAAUCUUUUGCACAGAGCCAUACCCUUCAUUAUCAUCAGAGAGUUCAUACAGGAGAAAAGCCUUAUAAAUGCAGUGAAUGUGGGAAAGCUUACACCACUAGGACUAAUCUUUGUUGUCAUCAGAGAGUGCACACUGGAGAGAGGCCUUAUCAAUGCAGUGAAUGUAGAAAAUCUUUUGCCACUAACACCCAGCUUCGUAGUCAUCAGAGAGUUCACACUGGAGAAAAGCCUUAUAAAUGUAGUGAAUGUGGAAAAUCUUUUACAUGUAGCAGUGGUCUCCUAUAUCAUCAGAGAGGUCACUCUGGAGAAAAGCCUUAUCAAUGCAGUGAAUGUGGAAAAUCUUUUAUCGCUAAGGCUGAAGUUCAUAUACAUCAGAGAGUUCAUACGGGAGAAAAGCCUUAUAAAUGCAGUGAAUGUGGAAAAUCUUUUACCAGUAGUAGUGACCUUUAUUAUCAUCAGCGUACUCACACUGGAGAAAAGCCUUAUAAAUGCAGUGAAUGUGGAAAAUCUUUUGCACGGAGCACAGCACUUCGUCAUCAUCAGAGAGUUCAUACAGGAGAAAAGCCUUAUAAAUGCAGUGAAUGUGGGAAAUCUUAUAAAGGUAGAAGUGGUCUCCAAUAUCAUCAGAGAGUUCACAAUGGAGAAAGCCCUUAUGAGUGCAAUUAAUAUGAGGUAUCUCAGCCAGAUUUCUAAAUUUGCUCUCCACUAGAGUACAAAUGUGAGAAAUUUCUUAGAUGUGUAGGAAAUGUAGUUUCUUAGUUUGAACUUAACAAUAGUACAAGAAAAUUUGUUCAUCCUCAUUUUUCUGAAUUAUAUCCUAUACAUUUAAUCACGUAUCUUUUGUAAAGUUCCCAUAAGUGUUUUUGCCGUUCUAUGUGUGUGUUUUUAUGUUGGAACACUGUAAUUAUGUUGCACGUUCUAACAUACAGAGAUGUCCUGCCAGAUCUAUGUCACUGCAUAUUUCUGUUGCUGAAGGUAUUUCACCUGAACCACCUAUAAGGUCUCUACAGAUGGCAGCAAUCACCAUCCUCCUGUGCCAGGGAAGCUAUGUCUGUUGUCUGAUUUGUCAACGAAAAUGAGGAAUACCUGAGCCCUUGGUUCUUAUUUGUUUCCCUGUCUUGUGUUGCCACAUAGGACUCAUUACUGUUGGCCCCAGUAAACAUAAUGUUGCAGAGGGCCUGCCAUUUUCAGGGACACACUUUCUGUAGAUGCUAAUGAUGAGUUUAUUGCGUGCUUACGUCAUCAAUGGAAGAACUGCCAGUCUCAUGUCUCUGGUUUGUAAAAUAAUGAAGGCUUUUUCUUAAGACUU